AGUAACCUAUGCGAAAUAGCUUUAAAUCUCUCACAGCAAUGAGGAACAUCAUGCCCAUUUCCAGAAAGUAUGGGAAAGCAUGUUCAGAUGUUCUUCACGAAUUGAUUAAACUCUAGGCAGAUUAUUGCUAUUUUUACGCACAGAUUCGUUUAUUUUUUCACUAGUAUCAGAUAAAAACAGUUGGAAAUUUUUAAUGAUGGAGGAAUGUGCCAUUGACGCACAGAAUAUUAUCUCCAUUUCUUUGCAGAAAAUCCAUAACUCCAGGACGCAGAGAGGAGGUAUCAAGCUCCACAAGAACCUGCUAGUUACCUACGUCCUGGCGAACGCUAGAGACUUUUACAUGAGCGUAGAGUUCGCAGGAAUGUACAGCAUACAGCAGAACGGGGAGAUGAGGACAGUCUCUGAUGAAAAGCAGGACUCAUUUGAAUUGACCGGGAACUGCGACGAUAGAGCUGGUGAGUUUUGCUGCAACUACAGCGGGGAUUCGUUGGACACUUACCACUGCGCAGCACCACAGUCGGCUGGUUACCCAGCAAUGGUGCCCGAAGCGCACACCCAAACGGUACCUGCCUGUCCCAUGGCUCCUGUGCGUCAUUGUGACUUUAACCCAGCAAUGGUGCCCGAAGCGCACACCCAGACGGUAAUUGCCUGUCCCAUGGCUCCUGUGCGUCAUUGUGACUCUAACCUGUUGCACUCGGAAAUCAACUGGGACUAUUAUUCCGAACCUUACACAUUCAAACGGGACAUUCUUAUUUCAAACACACCCAACAAUCAAAAGACUGUAUUGGACUUGGACACACAUGUAGUGACUACUGUCGAUUAUGGAUAUCUCCACGCAGACUACUGCUUGUCUUUUAAACAACAUGGUCAGUGCCUGCAAGGUUCACCUAAGAAACGAAAAAUUGACUCAAGUUAUGUUUCUGAUUCCGAUUAUCUGUCUGACUUUUUGCCCAUGUCAUGCAAACAGAUUAGGUCUGAGGACGUUUAUUGUUGUAAUUCCGAACAGCUGGACACAAAUAACAUCUCCAAUCUUAUGUCAGUGUUAGACUCCGGGUUUAAUGAGCUGUUGACCUGGCAAACGGACUUGGAACAAGUAGGCCUAGUUAAUGGACAAACAAACUGUUGCAAACAAGCAUUGGCGUGCAGCGGUGCAUGGACGAGAGCAAUUGAAGCUUUUUGAGCGAGACACUUUUACUUUUUCUACACUCCAUUGCUGGUCUCAAAUAAAAUAUGUAUUUUACACACUUAACACUCUUCUCCUCUCAUUUUAAAAGCUGUUGAACUCAAUUUCACUUUUGCGGAGAGGGCCCUUUCUUGAUCCUGCACCAGCAUGUUGCCUUAAUGUGAUCGGCACGAAUGUGUGACGCAGAACGAGCGCCACCAUGCGAUAAUAGAACAUAAUUACAGCUAUUUUGCACAAGAAAUGUAUAGAUAUCACUGCCGUGAAAUUA